GCAGGGCAGUAGGUGAGCAGCGAUCUCAGGAGGGUUACGGAUCGUUUUAGAUUGAUAUCACCUUCCAGACAUGGAGACUAAGAGCCUUCCAGACAUGAAGGCUAGGAGCCUUCCAAACAUGCAUAGGAACAUUCAAUCAAUGGAAAUGCAGGAACAUGAAAACUAUGGUCCCGGCAAGGUGAAGUUGGCAGACACCUCGCCCUUUCCAGUAGAGAGAAUUGAAAAGAAAAUGGCCUGGAUAACAGCUUGUAAUGUUCUGAUCGUGGUCAUGCUGUUUACUGCACUGGCUGGACUUUCCUUUGGUCUGUACAGCUUAUAUCAGCUCCAACAUCAAGUGACCCAAAUGAAUCAGAUCAAUGGCGACCCACAAAAUACACCACAGAAGCAGUCAGGAACUGAAGGCAAGAGAGAGCUGAAGAGUAACAUCAAAAUGGCUGCUCAUCUUACAGGGAAGAGUACCGCUGCAGGUUCAGAUAGAUUGAUGUGGGAGCACCGGCUGGGCAAUGCUUUUAUGGAAGGGAUGGUGUACAAGGACAGUGCAUUGGUCAUCAACAAAACUGGGAAAUACUUCAUCUACUCCAAAAUCCACUUCCGCGGGAUGAACUGCCAGAGCGCCCCGUUGCACCAAACCAUCCUUCAACGUGACACCACUUACCAGAACAACCUCAGUCUGAUGCGGGUUCAAGAGGUAAACUACUGCACUGGGUCUCGAAGGUGGGAAAAAGGCACAUUCCAGGCUGGAAUGUUUCACCUCAAUGAAGGAACGGCGUUGUUUGUCAGUGUCUCUCACCCAUCGUCAGUAAGUUCCGAUGAGUUUCUGACCUUCUUUGGACUCUACAAGAUUUAGGUCACACACUGAAAGCCCACAUGACCUUGAUUCAUAGUGGAGGCCGAGCAUUGAAUGCAAAUGCAACUCAGGCUAUUUCUGGACCAAAGGCUAUUUCCUUUCCCCUUUGCUUAAAAUUAUGAUAGGCUUCAAACUUUUACUAAUUAAAAUUGUUAUAUGCUUAUGAUUUGCCUAACAUUUAGAAAGUAAGAGAAAAGCUUUAAUAAUCCAUUUCCAAAAUAGAUUCAUUGUAUGUUUUGUUCUGCCUCUUAAUUCCUAUUUUCACUUUGUGCUUUAAGUUGAGGUAAAAUUCAAACCUCGAUAUCUUUCAAGCACCUUGUGUAGGGUGCUAGAUAAUGUGUUACCAGGUGUUUCUGAGGGGGCUGGAGGGAAAGUCAGCAAAAUGGAAUCUUAGUGUCCUUCCCACGUGAUUUUCCACUGUAGUUUUAAGUCUACUGGCACCUAAACCUAAUACUAUAGGUUUCCAUACUUGUUGGAGGAACAGCAUCUCAUAAUUUGCUUGGGAAGCUUACAAC